ACAUUAUUAUCAUUAUAAAGGAAGAAGAAAAACUUUCCUAAUUAGAUCAAGGCUCAUUGUUAUCUCUCUUGGUUUGUUUUGUUUUGUUUUUUUUUCAUAUAUAAUUUAGUUAUUUUACGAGAAAUGGGAAGGGGUAGGGUUCAAUUGAAGAGGAUAGAGAACAAGAUCAAUAGACAAGUGACAUUCUCUAAAAGAAGAGCUGGUCUUUUGAAGAAAGCUCAGGAGAUCUCUGUUCUUUGUGAUGCCGAGGUUUCCCUUAUUGUCUUCUCCCAUAAGGGGAAAUUGUUCGAGUACACCUCUGAAUCUUGCAUGGAGAAAGUACUCGAACGCUACGAGAGGUAUUCGUACGCCGAGAGGCAGCUGAUUGCACCUGACUCUCACAUUAAUGCACAGCCGAAUUGGUCAAUGGAGUAUAGCAGGCUUAAGGCUAAGAUCGAGCUUUUGGAGAGGAACCAAAGGCAUUAUCUAGGAGAAGACUUGGAACCAAUGAGCCUCAAGGAUCUCCAAAAUCUGGAGCAGCAGCUUGAGACUGCUCUUAAGCACAUUCGCUCCAGAAAAAAUCAACUCAUGUACGAGUCCCUCAACCACCUCCAAAGAAAGGAGAAUGAGAUACAGGAGGAAAACAGCAUGCUUACCAAACAGAUAAAGGAGAGGGAAAACAUCCUAAGGACACAACAAACCCAAUGUGAGCAGCUGAACCGCAACCACGAUGUACCACCGCCGCAACCGCAACCAUUUCAACACCCUCAUCCUUACAUGAUCUCUCAUCAGACUUCUCCUUUCCUAAAUUUGGGUGGCAUGUACCAAGGAGAAGAUCAAACGGCGAUGAGGAGGAACAAUCUGGAUCUGACUCUUGAACCCAUUUACAAUUACCUUGGCUGUUACGCCGCUUGAAUAGACUACAUCGAUCUAUCAAUCAAUUUAAAAUAAUAUAAGAUCGAUCUAUAAACUCAUGAUCUAUAAACACCGGUUAAUUAGUAUAGUUUUGGCAUGUCCUUAUUUCAUAUCAACAUCAUCAAAAGCCUUUUUCCCUUUCAAAAUUCUUGUAUUUCGGGGAGCAAUAAAUUUAUUAUUUGGGGACUGAGAGAGCUAGAGAGAAUUAUUGUAUCAAACCUUUUCUAUAUUAAUCUCAUGGUUAUAUUGUAAUCUGAAUUCUUUAACAAAA